CCACAUCACAGUGUAUUUAUUAGCCAGAGUUUAUUUAGCAUUGACAUCUCCUCUUGAGCUAUUUAUCCCUGAGCUAUUACACAGGACACAGGACUGGAUGCCUAAGAAGGCUACUAAAGAAAGCUUCUCUAUGAAGCCUGUCUCUAAGCUGACCAGUGGAGAGGUGACAGAGCUCAUGAAGCCAUUGAUAUUUGGAGACCAUCAGAAACACUUCAGAUUGUUCAGUUGGGCAGUUGGUUUAGGUAUUGUCUAUUAUAUGGUCUUUCGUCAUAACUUUGGGGAGAAGCCGCACUGUUUCACAAAGAUACGUGAUUGGAGAGACAAGAGAUGGAACAACUUCUUCAGUGUCAGUCCAGAGGAGCUGCAGAGAAUUAGACAGCAAAGAACUAAUGAAACUGUCAAUGACAAGACCCAGAAGAGAUAGCAUAAAUAUUCUGUUAUAUAUAACUACUGGUUUAUGCAGAAGAUGUUGUAUUAUGCACUGUGUACAUUUAAGCAAAGUUUUUUGACAUCUUUAAAGACUUGUAACAAGUUAA